AUCGGCUUCCCCUCUCUCUCUCCAUAGCCAAGAUCUAGAUCGCCGACAAGGUACCCUCCCUCUCUCCUCCUUCCCUCCUUCUCUUCCUAAAAAAGCUCGUCCUUUGCAAGCGAGCGUGGUAGAUCUACAGAAGAAGAAGAUGAGGGAGAUCAUAAGCGUCCACAUUGGUCAGGCCGGCAUCCAGGUCGGCAAUGCUUGCUGGGAGCUCUACUGCCUCGAGCACGGCAUCCAGCCCGAUGGCAUGAUGCCGAGCGAUACUUCAAUAGGAGUUGCAACAGAUGCUUUUAAUACCUUCUUCAGUGAAACCAGUGCUGGUAAGCAUGUUCCAAGGGCCAUAUUUGUAGAUCUGGAGCCCACAGUGAUUGAUGAAGUGAGGACGGGAGCCUAUCGUCAGCUCUUCCACCCAGAGCAACUCAUCUCUGGGAAGGAGGAUGCUGCAAAUAACUUUGCUCGGGGCCACUACACAGUUGGCAAGGAAAUUGUUGAUCUCUGCCUUGAUCGAGUUCGGAAAUUAGCAGACAAUUGCACUGGUUUGCAAGGAUUUUUGGUUUUCAAUGCUGUUGGUGGUGGAACUGGAUCUGGUUUAGGUUCUUUGCUGCUUGAACGCUUGUCCGUGGAUUAUGGGAAGAAGUCAAAGCUUGGUUUCACCAUUUAUCCAUCUCCUCAGGUUUCAACUGCAGUUGUAGAGCCAUAUAACAGUGUGCUUUCUACUCAUUCCUUGCUUGAACACACUGAUGUCGCAGUUCUGCUAGACAAUGAAGCGAUUUAUGAUAUCUGCAGGAGAUCACUAGAUAUUGAGAGGCCAACUUACACCAACUUGAACCGGUUGAUUUCUCAGGUCAUAUCCUCUUUAACUACUUCUCUGAGAUUUGACGGAGCUAUUAACGUGGAUGUUACUGAGUUCCAGACCAAUCUAGUGCCCUAUCCUAGAAUCCACUUUAUGCUCUCCUCCUAUGCACCCGUCAUCUCUGCUGAAAAAGCAUACCAUGAGCAACUCUCUGUCCCUGAAAUUACAAAUGCAGUGUUUGAGCCAUCAAACAUGAUGGCAAAAUGUGACCCCAGGCAUGGCAAAUACAUGGCUUGUUGUUUGAUGUACCGUGGUGACGUUGUGCCCAAGGAUGUGAAUGCUGCUGUUGCAACCAUCAAGACGAAGAGAACUGUCCAAUUUGUCGACUGGUGCCCUACCGGUUUCAAGUGUGGAAUUAACUAUCAGGCACCAACUGUGGUUCCUGGAGGUGAUUUAGCUAAGGUGCAACGUGCUGUAUGCAUGAUCAGCAAUAACACUGCUGUGGCUGAGGUGUUCUCAAGGAUUGAUCACAAGUUUGAUCUGAUGUACUCCAAGCGAGCGUUUGUCCAUUGGUACGUUGGCGAAGGCAUGGAAGAAGGGGAGUUCUCCGAGGCUCGGGAGGAUUUGGCUGCUCUUGAGAAGGACUAUGAGGAAGUUGGAGCAGAGGGUGGAGACGAGGAUGAGGAACCAGAAGACUUUUAAGCAUUGGGGAUUGCUUCUUAGUGAUUGCCUGUUCCUUUUAAUUUGUCCUAUCAUGCAUUGCUAUUUGGUACCAAACUUGUGCACUUUUGCUUUCUGUGGCGUGUUGUAGCUGUUAUUGGGCAUGAAAUUGUGGUUUUUUUUAUGUAAAACAGCAUGGUUUGAUUGGAUUGCUAUAAGAGAAUUCUAGUAAAA